AUGGACACCCCGACGAUGUCAUUGCUUCGCACCAUGAUCUGCUGGACUCUGUUCUGGGAAGCUAAAGAGGUUAUCACUCUCUGUGCUGAAUCAAUUAUCACUUAUCAGCAAGGAAGAUUCAAUCCAAAGUUAGCAGAAAAAUUCUUUGCAAAAGAUCUUCGCCUCCGUCGGGAUCUGGGAGAAGAGAGAGGGAGGAGUCCGGAGGUUGAACAAGCUUGGCGAAUGAUGGGGGGCCCCUCCCAGCGUCGUUCCUGGGCGGAUCUAGCGGAGGGCGAGCUUCGGGCGGAGGCUGCCGACCUGCAGUGGGAAGAUGUCCUCGGCCGUGGUCCUAUGGAGCGUGUGGCUCUCAGUGACUCGGAGGACUAUCCCGAUUCUGAUGUGCCCGAGUCGCCGCCGCAGGGGAAGGGGAAGAGUGUGAUGGAGACUGCUGUGUGCUCUGGUCCGGGGCGGGAGGUCCCCGCCGUCGCACCCUGCGCGGCCUCGGGGACAGCCGGACCGGGAGGGUUCUUCCAGGUGCGUUCCAGGCGCUGCGACAGGCGCCACAGUCCUCCAAGGUCGCCGCCGAGACCCGUCCCACCGGAGCUGGAGGGCUUGUGCUUCAACUGCCUCCAGCCGGGCCAUGUCAAGGCGCAGUGCCGCGCCAGGCCGAGAUGCUACAACUGUUGGGGCGAGGGCCACCACGCUGCGAGCUGCCCACUCCCCCGCUCCUCGGCUGUUGGGGUGAAGCGUGGCCGCUCCCCGCGGCGGUCUGGGGACGCUCGCCGAGUCGCGCCGCGACGCCCGGAUGGUGCGCGCCAUUGGCCCAACUCGGCGGACACCGUCUCCGGGGGUUCGUUGUCAGCAGGGCGGUCCACGUCGCUGCCUUACUGCUGUCGGCAUCCAUCGCCACCGGCUGCGCCAUCGCCGCCCCCACCACCUCCGCCACCUGUCUUCCAGCCCGCCGCCGGCACCAGCUCGAAGUUUGAUAGGGGCUCUAGAAACCUUGCCGACCCUGCUAUUCGGGACCCGCGCGCGCCCACGGUGGUUAUCCCGCGUUCCACGGAGAUCCAGGCGGCCGAGGAUGCACUUGAGCUGGCCCUGGUGGGCCUGGUGGGGGGCACCAGGCCGGUGGUUUCUACGGCCACAGUCUACAACUUCCUCUACUCUGAGUUUGAGCUUACAAUGAACGAUGUGCAGUUGCGGCGGCACCACCCGGAAGAUUUCAUCGCACGUUUUCGCCGGCGUGCGGACCGUGACCGUGUCCUUGCUUCGCGGCCGGGUGGAUACCUUCUGCCCCUCACCUGGAGACCUUGGCAACGAACUUCACUGGCCACUGCAGAAAGCUUCAAUUUUCAGGUGGUUGUGGGCAUGCUGCGUGUACCGCUUCACGCGCGCAAUGUGGCUACUGCCCAGAUCAUCCUGGGCCCUUCUUGCUCGGGGAUUGAAAUCACAAGGCUUCGAGACAUACCUGAUGAUGACGACCGAGAAUUCUUUGUCAAGGCAUGGUGCAAACAUCCGGAUCUCAUCGAAGACGAGCAGACCAUCUCAAUUCCGGAGCCUGUUUUGCCUGUUGCAGCUAUGGGCAAUCCUGCCCCGCCACGCCUCUUGCAGUACCAGGUGGGCGAGUUCAGAUGCCCCUGUGCGCCGGAGGUCGUUGCUCGGCACACUGAUGUUGAUGGCACGCGCAAGGAGUCUGUGGAGGCUCCCGAGCGUUGGGAGAUGAUGUCUGCACCGCGUACUCCUUGGACGCGGGCAUCAAAUUUUACGACGGUCAACACUCCAUCACCGUGGAUUGAUAGGCAGCUGGGCUCCCCUACCACCGGUGUCGUGGCGCGGUUCCUGAACGUCGCGCCACUGCUCCUCCACGUGGGUGUUUCAACACUCGAACCUGUACAUGUUGAUCAGGACUGGUGGGCUGAUCUGGCGGUGAAUGAGCUUUCAAAUGAUGUCAGUGCUCAAGCGUGUGUUGGUCAGGAGGGGGCCACUUCCGGGUCGACCUCGAACUCGGUGGACUGGUGGGCAGACCUGAUUGAGGCUGAACUUGUCUCCACCACAUAUGUUGCGGCCAGCCCAGUUGUUGAUGGGGCUGGACUUCAUGAGGAGGAUGAGAGCGCUGUGGAGGAACCUGUUUCUGUAGUGGAUGCGGCCAAUGAUGUGGCCACUGUCAUGGAUGCGGCAGCCGCUACACAGGCUGCGCUGGAGGCGGAGGUGUGCGUCCCCAUGCACACGCCCCUGAUCCGCGCGGGACCUAGGCCUCGGCGGGCGCGAACGCCGGUCUCCAUCCCGUCGCUGCGACGGAGUGGCAGGAUCGCAGCAAGGCCAAGGGCACCAAAUGCAACGGUGCAGGCGCAACUGCUGCUCCUUAAGAAGCUGGGAGUCACUGUGGCGGAGGGUGAGCAUGCCUCUGAGGUUGAGAAGAAGAUCAAGCUGGCAUUCAGGGGAGAUAUGUCGACCAGGAAAAGGGAGGCACUACAACUCUUCCUUGAAAAUGGAAUUGACCUGACAACUGUGGACCUAAACCUCCAUGGUCUGGAGGACGCGGCGCUCUGA